AUGUCAUAUCCAGCCGCAUAUCUUCAAGAGAUCCAGUCGCUGAAUACAAAAGUCUCCGAGUCGCAUCCCACUGAUAUCCUUCAGUUCUGCGCCAAUUUCUUUGCAAAGCGUCUGGAAACACAACGUGCUGAAUUUCUUUUGUCUUCGCCCCCAGACCAAACCUCCAAGAUGUCCGGCCAUACCUUCCCAGGUCGACAUGGUACAAAUCCCAAUCCUUUUGGCGGAGAGGCACCCGAGCAAGUGAAGAAGGGUGCAAUUGGCAAGGUCAUGGAGGAAGACGAGAAUGAUUCAUUGGCAUCGCCCACGGCUCCAAGCUUUAGCAAUACAACAUUUGGAUCCUCGUUCGGUGGAGAUGCGGCUGGCGAAGGUCCGCCUUCCUCAUUCAAGCAAACGAGUGGAGACGGCUUCCCAGCACAUUAUGGCUUGGGACGACGUACUUCCGUCUCGGCCGAAUCACUCAAUCCCACCGCUUCGUCUAAUGAUCAUUGGACCCCUCCAUAUCACCAGAAGACCGAAGAGCAAAUUACAAGGCUGCAGAAGUCAAUCUCCGGAAACUUUUUGUUCAGCCAUCUCGAUGACGAGCAAAGCGGACAGGUCUUGGGUGCAUUGGUAGAGAAAGCUAUCCCCGCCAAAGGCAUCAAGGUCAUUACCCAGGGCGAUGAAGGCGACUUCUUCUAUGUCGUUGAAAAAGGUUCAUUUGGAGUAUACGUUAACCCCAGUGGCUCUCUACAACCAGGUCCGGAGGGCUUAGGAACCGAGGUUGCCACCAUUGAGGAAGGUGGAUCAUUUGGAGAACUAGCUCUUAUGUACAAUGCUCCAAGAGCGGCAACCGUCAUGUCUGCUGAAGCAAACUCUACUUUGUGGGCUCUUGACCGAAUCACUUUCCGCCGAAUUCUCAUGGACUCGACGUUCCAGCGCCGCCGUCUCUAUGAAAGCUUCCUCGAAGAAGUGAAAAUAUUAAGCACGCUUACAAAGUAUGAGCGAUCGAAGAUUGCAGAUGCUCUGGAAGCCCAGAAGUUUCCAGCUGGUACGACGAUCAUCAAGGAAGGCGAUGCUGGUGAGGCAUUCUACCUUUUAGAGAGUGGCGAGGCAGAGGCUUUCAAGAAUGACGUCGAGAAAGCCGUCAAGCAAUAUGGCAAAGGCGAUUACUUUGGAGAGCUUGCUCUUCUAAAUGACGCUCCACGUGCGGCCAGCGUCAUCAGCAAAACGGAGGUCAAAGUUGCUACACUGGGCAAGGACGGUUUCCAGAGACUUCUAGGACCAGUCGAGAGUAUUAUGAGAAGGACCAAGUAUGAUGAAGGUGUUGAGGAAAUUGAUCCUCUUCAGAAGAAGUAA